ACAUUUCAAGGUGAUGGAGUUUAGCCAUGCGUUCGAAGAUCUCUGUCCAGUGUGUGGAGAUAAAGUUUCAGGGUACCAUUACGGCUUAUUGACAUGUGAAAGCUGCAAGGGAUUUUUCAAGAGGACUGUUCAAAAUACUAAGAGAUACACUUGCGCUGAAAACCAGAAUUGCAGAAUCGACAAAACUCAGCGAAAGAGAUGUCCCUUUUGUCGUUUUCAAAAGUGCCUAAACGUUGGGAUGAGAUUAGAAGCGGUACGUGCUGACCGGAUGCGAGGGGGAAGGAAUAAAUUUGGCCCCAUGUACAAACGUGACAGGGCACUGAAGCAGCAGAAAACCCUGGUCCAUGUAAGCAACUUCAAACUGGAGCCAAGUCCUUCCCUGGCCCCAGGCCUCCAGACCGAGAGCAGCUUUCCGGGCGGCCUUUCAGGGUUUCUACCCCCGCUAACCCCUCCAGACUGUGACUGUGUCCCUCCAUAUUGCCCCCCUUCUCUAGGUGUUGCCCUUCAAAGUCAUGGUGGCUCCUUUCCCGGUCAGUACCAAUACCCUGCCACCCCAUUCCCCUCCAGGUCUAUCAAGUCUGAGUACUUUGAGCAGUACACCUACUCUUCCGACUCCUGCUCGCCCGGGUACACUUACUCUGAGGGGUGUCUGCCGGGCUCCCCACAAACCUCCAGCUUGCCCCCCACCAUGCCACCGCAGCUGGUGUCGAACCUGUUGCACUGUGAGCUAGAUGAAGCUCAGGUGCGGCUGAAGGUGGUGACGUACCUCCACCAGGAGCAGAACGGCCGGGCAAAGCAGGAGAAGUUCAGCUCAUUCAAGCUGUUCUGCGUCAUGGCCGACCAGACACUGUUCUCCAUCGUGGACUGGGCCAGAAGCUGCAUCUUCUUCAGGGAACUCCAGGUUGGCGAUCAGAUGAGGCUCCUCCAUAACUGCUGGAGUGAGCUGCUGCUGCUGGAUCACAUCUGCAGACAGGUGCACCAUGGGAAGGAGGGAACUCUCCUACUGGUGACUGGCGAGGAGCUUGAGAUGUCCUCCAUUUUGAGCCAAGCAGGGCCACCUCUGAUCAGCCUUACACAGAGGGCCCAGGAGUUGGUAAAGAGACUACAGGCUCUGCAGAUGGACAGAAGAGAGAUGGCCUGCUUCAAGUUUCUCAUCCUCUUCAAUCCGAGUGUGAAACUGUUGGAGAACCAGGCGUUUGUGGAGAGCGUUCAGGAGCAAGUGAACUGUGCUCUGAAGGAGUACACCUUCUGCUCUUACCCCCAGACAGUGGAUCGCUGUAGCCAGCUGCUGCUGCGCCUACCAGAGCUACGUGCCCUGAGUACACAGGCAGAGGACUACCUGCUCUUCAAACACCUGAGCGGGGAGGUGCCCUGCAACAACCUGCUUGUAGAAAUGCUCCAUGCCAAGAGAGCCAUGGUAUGAUCCACAGGCGUGUGUGUGUGUGUGUGUGUGUGUGAGAGAGAGAAGAGAGAGAGAGAGAGAGAGAGAGAGAGAGAGAGCACUGAGCAACAGACACUAAAGUAAGAACAAGAUAAGCUAAUUAUGUUGUAAGAUUAACUUUUUAUGUCAUGUUGCCUACAUGUAUGUAUGUGUGAGCACAUAGGUCUGUGCCAAUAUAUUUACUUUUCUACCAUGGCAGUAUUUUGGCGGAUUUCUUUUUACUUAGGUCAGUCCUUGUUAGUUCCCCCAACAUAAACAUGUUUACCUGCUACUGCCUUCACUCACUUUGAUUGUUUGUGUUAUUUCAAAAUAGUGUAUUAUUUAAAAAAUAAUUAUUGUAUAUCUUUAAACAUCUUUUACAACACUAUUUUUGUCCUAGGGUAAAUGAAAGCUGAAGUAUUUAUAUAACAAAAGGUAGUACUAUUUUUCAUAUAUGCUACUUUAUAUGCUGUUUUACAGUAGUGCACAUUUUUCAAAAUUAAUUUUUAUACUUUAAAAAGUGCCUUAUGGUAUGCAGACUGUUUUUUUCUUUUGAGGAUUACAUGUACAGCAUGUUGGAAAAAUAGUGUAUUAAAUAAUUGU